AUGCUCCUAAUUGCUCAUGUCCGCUGCAGGGGAGACAAGGCGGAUGAGGUCAUGGACGCGAAGGAAGCCUUUGAUGAGAUUCGUGCGCAUUUUGCCAUGCGGUCACAGUUUUCAGAGGCGGGAAACAGGUUGAGUGCGAUGGUCCGCCGUUUUCAAGAGUCGCUUCAAAGACAGGACGGAUCAGACAUCCAAGGCGUGAAAGGGGCGAGACAUGUUCAGCAGCGUCCUUCAAAGUCGUCGAUGCAAAAACUCCCUCCCCCGAUUUUUCGUCCGGCUGCCGUGGAGGCUCUGCUGCACUACGCAUCUCCCCUGCCAGUGCGAACAGAGGAAGGAAAAGACGUAAGGGGUGGUGCCUCUAUUCUGUACAAUGACAAGGAGAAUGACAUGAGAAGUAAUCGCAUUGGGGAUGAUUAUUUGAGCCACAAAUGUGUGGCGCAGCCUUGUGCAUCAGGUGAAGGGGCUUUUCAAGGUAAAAGGGACUCCUUCAGUUCCACGCCAGUGGCAUUCCUUUCAUCUGGAAGAAAUCAGGACCAGCCAGUCGAUGUUGGGGCGAAGCUUUCCCACAACGAUGGGUUCAGGAGUCGCUACACGCAUGAGGCUAGUGCCGCGCGAUCGUCGCAAUGCAUUUUGAGAAAAGAACAGGACAUGUUUCCAUUUGUGAACGGCGACAGCGAUGGCGGUACGCAGAAACCGAAUGGGUGUUGCGAGGAGCGGGACGACGCUCUUCACUCGCUAGGGGAAUUUGACGGGGAAACGAUGGUUGAUUGUGUGUGCCACGCCAUGCAGAAGAAUAAAUGUCAGAAAUCAGAAAUUGAAGAAGAAAAGGAGAAAAGUGAAGAGGAAAACAAGAAAAACGACGAAUUGAGGACAAAAGGUAUGGAAGAGGCGCCAGCUGACACAGCGAGGAAAACAACGCGGUCUAUUCUUGCAGACCUUGACGAGUUGGAGAAAACUCACCACGACGCCGUUGCUGUGAUGCUGAUGAGAACCCCCUUGCGCCCACGACCGCAAAAGGAGCAGAAAUUAGUGACGUCUGACGGUGGGCAACGCUUAGACCAGCAUGGCGCUCCUCAUGGAAUUCAGCACCAUGUGCAUCCCGAGCAGCGGGCAACCGCGGUUAACUUGGACUUGGAUGUAUUAUCAGGGUCUCAAGCGCUGCGGUGCCGCCCGCCGAACGGGCCGAUAGAUGUCUCGGUCAGUAACAGGGGAACUCGUGUACCGUCAAAUUUAGGCCAGGGGAAUGUAAAAAAUGUGCCCUAUUUUGUGAAGGGGUCUUCCUCAGUUUUAAAUUUUUCAAGCACAAGCAGUUCUGAUGCGUAUGAUGCAAAGGACAAGUGGUUAAAUGUGUCGUUCCUGUAA